GACGACGACGACGACGAUGACAACACAACNGCCGCGGCAACGUGUUGUGCGCGCGCGCGCGCCUUCUACCCCUCGACUGGCCGGCCAGGUCGUCGUGGUUGCUGGUCGCCGUCAGCGAUGACGACGAGACAACGACGGCGACCGACGGACGACGCCGCGCGGCGCUCUCGCGAGCGCGCCCCUCUCGCUCACAUCCCCGUCGCGACGACGAUGGGCUUCCGGCACGUCGCGGUCACGCUCGCUAAUUCGUCGCGAUUACUAUCGCGGGCGACGAUCAUCUCCGAUCUCCGCUACACGAGACCGGGGCUAGGCCAGCUGCUGGACGUGUUCUAGACGACGAUGACAACGACGACGACGACGGUAGUCGCGAUCCGUCCACCGCCAGCGUUCGCGUAUUAUGUAUAUGUACGUGUGAUGUAUCGCCACUCGCUCUCCAGCUCCAGCCGAUCACCGAUGCAGCACGACGCACACUGCGGAUACGAUACGGCGACGGUGCGGCUCACGGCUCGUCGCGAUCUCUCCUUCCUCUUCGCGAGUUCGCGCUCCCCGACCUGCUCCGAUCUCAGGUCUGCCAACGGAGCGAAGUGCGCGAAGGGACGAGGGAAGCCGCCGAAGUGCUGCCGAUGAAGUUCACGAGGUCAACUUCGAACUCCGCGAAGAAAGCGAGAGAACUCUGACGACGUUACGUAACACGUCGUUCGCAGGAGAAAAGAAGGAUCGGCCGUGCGGUUUGAACGUGAAAUCGGACAGCGAAUACGUCCGGUCCGGAGCUCACAGCUUCGUAGCGCGAGAGGAUCUCGGAGACGAGAUAAACGAUGAAUCAUGUAUAUGCAGGCAUUACGCAUCACGCACACGCGUUACGUCGCGCCGGGCUGUCCGCGCGUGCAAAAAUACUCUCGAGUCAUUACGAGCCUUCGAGUGCAUUUCAAUCAGAGUGCAACGGCCGCUCGACUGGAAAUCACGGAACUGUCAGCAGCGCAAUAGAAUGAUUGCCAAUCAAUUCGAUGCAACGGUCGAGAUUAAUAGAAACGACAACACCUUCUAUCCGAGCAAUACUGUUAACUCGCCGCGCAUUUCGCAAGGAUAAUUAUUGUAUGCAAUAAUGUAUAAUUUGUCGCUGAAAAAGCGCAACAAGAAAAAGAAACGUUUAACUAAAGCUGUUUUGUCACAUUUAUAUGGAUGGAGAUUAAUAAAUAUAUUUGAGAAAUGAGAAGCAGUGUUAGGGCUAAUGUAUUUCUUCCACCUCGUGCAAGCGGUUUCUCCAGUCGGUGUUAUACUUGACUGACUAAAUCACUAAAUCAUAAAUAGCAGUGAGACGCGAAAAUUUUCGUUAGUCCGCUAUGGAUUCGUGGAGUGCAAAGGCUUUCGUGUUUUUCCUGAUUGUUUCGACGUCGCGUAGAAAUGCUCAACCGCAGCCUCAACACUUCAAUAACAAAAGGAUCGUUAUUGAUUUUAAUAAUGGUGUCAUUACGAUCAAUAAUCAAUUGUCCGUGUCGAAUACCAAACAAAUGGAGAGGAUAGCCGGUGGAACCUACGCGAAUGAAGGUCAAUUUCCGUUCAUGGCCGUGGUGCAUCGAUUGAUCGAUGGUAGGAGAGUCGCUCAGUGCGGCGGUACCAUCAUUUCGGAAAGAUGGGUGCUGACCGCGGGGCACUGUAUCGCAAAGUAUCCACAGAGGUUCUUCGUGAUAUUCGGAAUCGUCGACAAAACGGGGAUCGGUUACGACAUAAACCGGGGAUCCGGGGUCUCGAUGAUGACGACGCAGGCUCACGUACAUCCCUACUAUUACUUCAGCAAGAACGACAUCGGACUGUUACAGAUGCCGGAAGAUAUUCCUUUUUCAGAAAAAAUUCAACCAAUACACCUGGCUGGUCCGAAGGAGGGUAAAGUGAUGGCCGACACGAUUGCCACUGUGGUUGGAUGGGGUCGUGAUGGCUACGGUCCCAGAGGUACCAAGAGACUCAAGUACGCCCUAAUGCCGUUAAUUUCAAAACGCGAUUGCGUCUCGUAUUGGAGAGUGGACUACAGAAAUAUAUGCACGGAACCGGGACUCGGGAAAAAUGCGUGUCAGGGAGACAGCGGGGGUCCCCUUUUUGUAAUGAGGGACGAUCGGCCGCUGCAAAUCGGUAUCGUUAGCUACGGAGACGCAAACUGUCCGAGCGGUAGACCGGGGGUGUAUACGAGAGUGGCGGCGUUUGCGGAAUGGAUUCAACGUGUCAGUGGAAUAGAAAUCGAAUAAAUAAAC